AUGAAUGACAGAUAUGACAUGGAGGCCAUCUACUUUGACGAAGGAGGAGAAUUUGCUUCAUCUGUUCGCACCUCUAAUCAGUCUUCCACGCUUGAGUUUGACAAAGGAUGUGCAGAUGCUGCCAUACAACAAGCUGAUUGGGAUGCUUCGAGAGUCAGGGAAAAACUUAAACGUGAUAUAGAUGCUCAUGCAUCAUCCGUUCGUAGUGCAAAGUUGUCAGAACUGAAUAUCAAUCAUGAGAAACAACUUUCUGCAUCUUUAACUGGACCUGUAGAGGCACUACUUGAAACUGGUGGAAAAGACACAUGGACUUCAACAAGAAAACUCCUUAAUCAUGAAACUGAAGUUGCAGUAUCAGAGUUCUCAGCCGCAGUUGCUGGUUUUGAGUUGGACAAAGAUACAUCUACCAAAAUGAUGCAAAAUUUAAGGGAUUAUGCAAGAAAUGUGGUUGAGAAAAAAGCACGAGAAGAGGCUGCAAACAUUGUGAUCCACAUGAAGCAUAUCUGA